CAGACAAUCUCAAUCGAACAUCAACCAACUAACCAAGAGAACAAACAAAUGCCCACUCAACCGGUAUAUUACAGCAAGCUAGGCUCUCACCACCCUAGCUUCGUCUCCAGGUACGUUUCAGGGUCUUCCAAUCAGUUCCCUCGAAAGCCGCGGGAGACCCUCAACCUCCGCCGUCUUCGAUCGUCGUCGUUCCUGCUGUGCCUCUAAUCUUCUACUUCUCCAUCGGAGUCAUCAUCAACCAAGAUAAUACAGAAGAAACCUCUGAAAUGCAAAGUAUCCCAUCUUUGCCGCUGUUCUCCAAUUGUCACCAAGCCGUCAGAAAGACCCUCAUUUCGCCCACCGCCCGAUCGCCCUGUCGAAGAAGCACAAUCGCCAUGCAAGUAUCCGCCCUCGGACAGGGAACACGCCACGACUUUCGGCUCCAUGCCAUCCUUAUGCCGGCUUUCCCAGCUAGCAAACGGCGUGUAUGGUGGCGGUGGAGUUCCGCGCGAAUCAACUCCCUGUCUUCUCCAACUGCAGGCCCUCUUCUCGGCCAGCCUCGGCCGAGCUAGGCUUGCCAUGUACCUCGUCGUGUGUUUGUUGGAUGCUAGCUCCUGUAAGGGACACUGUUACCAUGUAUGUUUAAUCAUGAGGGUCGGGCCAAGCAUCGCAUCUUCA